ACCCCCAACAUAUAAAUAUGUCUUGGUUGAAAUAAAAAUUGGAUCUUUUUGUGGGGUGAAGAAGAAGAAAAGUAAAGAUGGCUUUGCAAACUGGUUCGGGGAUUUCGACUUCUCAGGUUCUCGUUCUUGUUGGAGCAGGCUUGACAAGUUCGAUCAUUUUGAGGAAUGGGAAAUUGUCUGAUCUUCUUGCACAACUUCAGGAGUUAUGUAAGGGUGUAAAUGAAGUUGAGAUCUUGCCGGAGAAAUUUGAUAGUUCAGUUCUCAGAGCUCAGAUUCAAAAGUUGUCAGAAGAAAUCAGGGAGUUAACGGUAGCUGGCCCUGUUGCCAUCUACAAUGGGAAUUCUGACUCUGGAAGUUAUGCCUCGUACCUAAUUCCAGUUGCUGCACUUGGUGCUAUGGGAUAUUGCUACAUGAAGUGGAAGGGAUGGUCAUUGUCCGAUGUAAUGUAUGUAACAAAGCAUAAUAUGGCGAAUGCUGUUGCAACCGUGUCAAAGCAAUUAGAGACCGUGCAUGAAACAUUAGCUAUUACAAGAAGACAUCUGACCAAGAAGCUGGAAGAGUUGGAUUGGAAGGUGGAGGAGCAGAGAGAAACAACGCAUCUUAUUGCGAAUGGUGUGAAUGAGGUGAAAUCAAACCUUUCUCAAAUUGAGUUUGAUGUUGAUGCGAUUCAUCAAUUGGUCUCUGGAUUGGAAGGGAAGGUGGAACUUCUUGAGAGCAAACAGGAUAUUACAAACGCAGGUUUAUGGUACCUUUGCCAAGUAGCUGAAGGCUCCAAAGAUCGGCCGGAAGCUAAAACAAUUCAGGAUGUCUCUGCUAAGCUGACAAAGCAUUUGACAUUUACAUCAGAGGACAAAUCCCUGAAGGGCCUCCAAUUCAUUGCUGAAACUAAAGAUACAAGCGUUGUUGAGAAAUCAACUACAAGGAUGGAAACUAAUGACCCCAGCAACUUUUCUGGCCAAAAAGUUUCAGCCAUGAAAACAAGAAUACACAGGUCAUUUCCUGUUGGGAUUUCUUUGCACCGGAAUAUGACGAGCUCAGAUUCAUGAUAUUUCUCGUUUUUAUUCUUUUUGCCAUACUAAUUAAUUCUUGAAAAUGUUUGGUUUUCUGGAACCCGCUUGCUUGUGUUUCAUAAUAGUAUAAAAGGGUGCUUCAUUCUAUGCUGUUGAUGCUUAGGAGAAAUAUAUGGUGUAUGUAAUUCAUAGUUGCUAUUGCUUCACUAAAUACACAUGUAUAAUAUAAACUCAGAUACAUGCUUUUGAGAGUACUUGGAACAAUGAUCAAGUGCUACAUGAUAUGCCAUCAGAUUACUCC